AUGUGCCUAUCUGUGCCUUCGUCAUCUCUUGCUUUGAUUUCUCUUACUGGCUUCCCAGCCAAUAUUGAUCCAUCCCUUCUGAAUCUUGAUUCGCCUGCUCCUAAUAUUUCCAACGUGUCAGCAUCCUCAGUGCUUUCUCCUGUCACCUUGGCCUUCGACUCCUCGGCCAGCGAGGUGACUUGGCUAGGGGUCCCGGGUAUUCUGAAUACCUUAACUACCACUCAUUACAACCGCGCAAGGUCAAUUGCUGACCCUGCGGUUAUCGCCGGCGCUUUCACCUAA